GGAGUGAGGGAGUGGUGAAAGAAAGAGUGAGGGUGACUUUGAUAGAAACACUUUCCUUUGGCCUCCCCAAAUGGAAACUCUCCAAUGGCAUUUCUCGUAGAUAACAUCAUUUUACAACGCCAAUUCCGUAAAAUGAACUUAACCGCCGGUCAGAAGUUUGGGAAAUGAGAAGGGUGCAGCGUGGGAGAACAGGCCCACCGCCACCGAACGCAAUCCAUAUCCAUUUUCUUCCUUUCUUUAUUUCUCCCCAAAUAAAGAAUUAAAAAGAGAGAGAAGUAAAAAGAUGGGUAUGAUUCAGGAGCCACUCUCCGCUAACUGUGGCGCUAAAUUGCUUCUCCCUCUUUCUAUUUUUGGGUUUGUUGUUUUUUCCCCAUUGCAAUUCAUUCCUCUGUUCCCUUCUCUAUUUCUAAACCCCCUCUCCCCUUUCUCAAUAUUUCUCAUUCUUUCUCAUUGCAGAUUCUUGACGCUGUCUUCUUUGCUGCACUAAUCUCCACCACCCCUUUUCUUCUUUUUCUCUUUUUCUUUUUCGGGGUGGGGAGUUUUUGUUUCAGGGUUUUCUUCUCUUAAUCUCUCCGUUUCGGAGGGGGAAGGAGGAGGAGGAGGGAAUGAUUCUCUGCAGCGAAUGAUUUGGGUUCUUCUGUUCUGUUAACAAAUUCCCGAUUUCGGUUGCGGUUUUCUUUUUAUUUUGGGUUCGCCCAAUAUGCCUUGCUUUUCUUCUUGUAUUUCUCGUACUCAAGAUGGGAGCCGGGUCGAAACUGAUAGUCGUAUUCGAUUUGAAUCCCGCCAUUCUGCUAAUUCCUCAGUGUGCAUUUGGGUAAUACUCUUAUAAUCAGGCUAUGAACCAUUGAAAUUCAGGUACAUGGAGGGGAAAAGAAGGUGAGAGCAAGCAUGAAAGCUGUCCGAAGAGGAGCGCAGCUGCUCGUAGUUUUACGUUCCGUGAACUCGCCAUGGCUACAAGAGGUUUCAAGGAAGUAAAUUUGCUUGGAGAGGGUGGUUUUGGACGUGUAUACAAAGGACGUUUGGAAUCAGGACAGUUUUUACUAUUUGUUGUUGUGGGCAGAUUGUCGCAGUUAAACAGCUUAAUCGUGAUGGGCUUCAAGGCUUUCAGGAAUUUAUUGUGGAGGUUCUCAUGUUGAGUCUGUUGCACCAUCCUAAUCUCGUCACCUUGAUUGGUUACUGUACUGAUGGGGAUCAAAGGCUUUUGGUUUAUGAGUUCAUGCCUAUGGGAAGCCUGGAAGACCAUCUUUUUGAUAUAGGUACUGACAAAAAGCCUUUGAGUUGGAAUACAAGGAUGAAGAUUGCAGUUGCCGCUGCCCGAGGCAUUGAGUAUCUCCACUGCAAAGCAAAUCCACCAGUCAUAUACCGUGACUUGAAAUCAGCUAAUAUCUUAUUGGACAAUGACUUUAAUCCUAAGCUUUCAGAUUUCGGCCUGGCUAAACUGGGACCUGUUGGUGACAAUACUCAUGUUUCAACUAGAAUAAUGGGAACGUAUGGAUAUUGUGCUCCAGAGUACGCCAUGAGUGGAAAAUUAACCGUUAAAUCUGAUAUUUACAGCUUUGGUGUUGUUCUACUUGAGCUUAUUACAGGGCGCAAGGUAAUUGAUACAAAAAGGAGACCAGGAGAGCAGAACCUAGUUGUUUGGUCCCGUCCUAUACUUGGCGACCGAAGAAGGGUUUUGGAACUAGUUGAUCCCCUGUUGGAAGGACAGUUCCCUCUUCGUUGUUUGCAACACGCAGUUGCAAUUACUGCAAUGUGUCUUCAGGAACAACCAUUGUUUCGCCCUCUUAUUACUGAUAUUGUUGUAGCACUCGAGUAUUUGGCCUCUCAAAGUUAUUUACGAGAAGUACGCUGUCGUAGGUUUAACAAUUCAUCACAAAUAUCGCCCCCACAACAGAAUAAAGACACCCAUGCCCAGGAAUCAGAUCCUUAAGAUUGCUAAACUUCUUCAAAGUUGCUGUAUAGAAGUUGCUGAAAAAGCUAUGUGCAUAGACAUUUGUGAAGCGUGUAAGAUAAAAGCAGAGUGAAGCAUGUUUUGUAAUGUAAUAAAUGACGUUCAAAACGAAUAGUUAUAUCACCUGUACAGAACUACGCACUUGACUCAACAGAAUAGGAAUGUUUUGAAGAAACACGUGUUACACCCGACUUCAUCCAAAAGCAGCUUGGUUAAAAGGUACGCAUCGACUAUUUGCUGUAUUAUUUGAGUUAAGUUUUCAACGCCUCGGGUUCAGGUCAGAUGAUCGCGAGAGCUACUUGGGAUUGUUCCAAGGUACAUAUCAGUGUCUUUGCUCUGAUAUAUCUUUGUACAUGAAUAAUACUCCUAAAUGAAAACUGUGUAUGUAGUCUGUAAGAUGGUCCCUGAUUUUUUCCCCACCUUAUCAUCUAUACUAUUUGUUCUUCUUUUUUCUUUUU